GUUGUCCAUCAUCAUGGCCAAACCAAUCAUGAGCAACCAUACAUACUUACUUAGUACGUGUGAGCUAUAGACAAAGGCACAGUGCGCGUAUAUUAUAGAAGUGUCGCAAAGAUGUCGCUUGCGCUGCGGGCCCCAGGCCACCUUCAAUGCAAGAACACCACAAAUAGAGCUAUAUGUGCACUAAAUCCUUGCUUGCGUGUACCAGCGCCGGGCUUCGGUGCAGCCCUUUCGCCUUAUCUGCAGUCCGCCAGCCGCUCACGAAGUGCCGCGGUUGUCGUUUACGCUCGCAAGGAGGAUACGGAUGGCAAGCAUGAGCACGAUAAUGGCUGGGCGGUGGAGCGAGCGGGCUACAUCGAGCGCGAGCGCAUGCUGCUGGAGGAGCUGGCCGCGACGCGAGCCCUGGUUGGCCGGAUGCUUGACCAGCAGCAGAUGCUGGUGCAGACCAUCACCCAGCUUUCAAUGGGCGGCGCCGUAGCUGCUACUGCUGCUGCGGCGGCGGCGCCGCCGCCAGCUGUAGCAGCGGUGGCGGCGGCGCCCGCCACACCCGCGGCACGCAGUCCUGCGGCCCCCGCGGCGGCCGCCGCCGCCUUGUGGACGCCGUCGACGCUACCUGCCAGUGGCCCAAAGGCGGCUGCCGGCAGCGGCAGCAGCAGCAGCAGCGGCAGCAGCAGCAGCAGCGGCGACGUGCCUGGCGGCGUCGCGCCGCUGCCGCAGCCGCCGAUUGUGUUUGGCACGUCGGGGGCGGUGGAGGAGCAGGCAGAGGCGGAGGCGGGGGCUGCAGCAGCAGGGGCGGGCGGCGAGACGUCUCUGGACCCCAUCGAGAGACCCAAGGCUUCACCCACGGACCCGCCGCCGGAUCUUGUGAUUGGUGACGACGACAUUUUCUGGAUGUCAAAGCUCCACGCCGGGUUGGAGGAGAAGGGCUUCCACCCAGGCGACUUUGACAUGGAGAACUGGGUGUACGGCGAGACCACUCUUAACGCCGUGCUCACAUUCCAGGCGUCGGAGCGGCUUCCCGAGACGGGGGUCGUGGACAGGCCCACCUGGACCGCCCUCCUGGGAGCCGAGGCGGCGGAUGAGCUGUACGCCAGGGCCGCAGCCUCCGCUGCUACUGCCGCCACGAGUGCUACAACCUCCAGCUCCGGCAGUAGCAGCGGCAGCAGCAGCAGCAGCGCCAGCGGCAGUAGCAGCAACGGCGGCAGCAGCGCCAGCGGCAGUAGCAGCUGCGGCAGCGGGCGUGUGUCGACCAAGCCUGCUGGGGCGCCGCUGACGCGCUGGCCGGUGCUGAUGGAGGGGGACGGAGGCCGGGAGGUGCACGCGCUGCAGGUGGCGCUGACCAAUUGCGGCUUCUACACGGGCGAGGAUGACAUGCGCUGGUGGCAGUUCGGCGACACAACCCUCACCGCCCUAAAGUUCUACCAGAGUUGCAACGGCUUGCCCGAGAGCGGCGUGUGCGAUGAGCGCAGCUGGCGCAGCCUGCUCGCACAGUGCGCGCCGGAGGCCGAAGACCCGCAGCCCAACGACAUCUACGGGCUGCGCCUGGCGCGCGGCCCGGGCGGCUCGGAUGACGAGGACAACUUUGAGGAGGACAUGGAGGGCGUCAGCAACGGCCGCGUGUGGCUGCUGGGCGAGCAGCGCUGGGAGAAGCGCUCCUAGGCGGAUGUAUCAGAAAUCACGAGGAAUGAUGAACGCAAAACGUGCAUGCGAUGCGUGUGGCCGGAGGAGGGUGUAUGUGUGUGUGGUUACAAGCUGGUGCGCACGAUCUCUUCCUGCCUCUUGAAAAGCGGAGGCGCAGGCCGCAGUGACCCUUAUGACGCCAACGAACGGAUGUAGAGUGGAAAGGCCGGGGGGGGUAAAACCCAGCCCAAACCAAGCCGAGCCCAAUGCAGUAGAGCGGGGAGGAGAGCGUGGUCUGCGCUUUGACAACGGCGUGGCACUCGAGGGGGCUGGAGCAGCGGUGACGAGGUGAUGGGGGUGGUGGGGGUGGCGGGGAUGGGGUGCGGGGUUGAGGAGCGGCCCGGGCACACCAUGGCGGGGCGGGGAUGCGGGGCGGCAAUGCGUGGCGCGGCCGCUCCUCAAAGGAGGUGGAAGGCUGGGGGUCGGCGAGGUGGCGACUGCCGUUCUGGCAUGGUGCAGUGCUGCCGCGCGUGCGUGUGCGUUGUCCGGCCAGUGGGAUGCAUCCGGCCAGUGGGGUGCGAUGGCAGAGGAUGAAUGACAGGUUGGCAGCGGUUGGCGUAGUCCUGUUGCGUGCAGGGCACUGCCAGACGGCCAGACCCGAACAUACAACAGUCACGUUGUGGACGUCAAGACAUGAUGGGCCGAUAGGGCGGUGCCGGAGCGUAGGAGGCGGACGAAUGGCCUUCUGGCUGAAUGGAAUGACGUUACCGCUGCAUGGCUAGAUGGCCCGCUGUGAUGGCCGCCUGGGGGUUUGUACACAAGUACGGCCACACAGCGAACACAGCGCGGCAGGGACUGCUGCCAACUUCCCCCAGGAUCAUGUGCAGCAUCCCGGAACCAAUGCGCGUUGCGUGCGUGUUGCGGUUUUCAAGCACGUCAAUAGACCAAUGUGACACGGUCGCUCGCUGUAAUGGCCGACGGCA